UGUGCUUGGUUUUCUUCCAGAGUCACUUCUACAAGAUAUAAGGGACAAGGAAAAGAAAGCGAUGGAGGAAAGGGAUGCCAAUGUAGCUGGGGCAAGGCUACGGAAAAAGAUGAUUGCAAGUUUGCCUAAACUUUUUGAUUCAAUACUCCUGAUAUUUCAAUCUGGGAAUAGAUCUGUAAUUACAAAGCAAGAGCUUAUUCACAAGAUUCUUUCGUGUAACUGCAGUGUAAUUGAUAGAAAUGAAGUUGAAGAACAGUUGGAGUUAAUGGAAGAAUUGGCGCCAGAUUGGAUAUUUCGAAAGGCGGCAGCUACAGGGGACAUCCUCUACCGUGUGAAUAAAAUGUCAAGCUCCCAGGAGAUUCGGCAGAGGCUUGCAGUAGCCGUGUGAAAGAAUGCCUCAGUGACAAUUUUACUGAUUCAAAGUGCUUAAUCCAUUGUUGAGGUUGGCUUGCUAGCUUGGAUUGGUGUGCCUGAAAUCUUUCUACUGUUACCACCAGUGGUUGCAACCAAGCACAACGCUCUUGCUUCUAUUUAACAAACCAGAUGGAACAUUGUAUCUUUAUGCGGCAAAAGCUAUAGAGAAACUCAGAAAGUUGUCUCUCAAGAAGUAUGUGUCAGAAUGUAGGCCUUACACGAUGUUGUUCUCAACAACAUAGGCCUUGUACAAUGUUUUUUUUAUCAAUGUAGUCCAUCCCUGCCUCUUGGUUGGAGGAAAUUUUA